AUGGCCGCCAAAACCGUCACUUCAACCAUGGCCUGUGAUAUUAAGAGUAUUAUCGACUACCAAAGAUAUCCAAUUGCUGAGUUUGAGAGCCACAUUCUCCGGGAAAUUAUAAGCAGUGCUAAAAGCGAACUGAUGGGAAACGGCAUCGCCUUUUUGCCGGGCUUUCUGCUUCCUUGGGCUAUUCGCCAAACAAUCCUAGAAGCAGAAGAGGCAUUACCAGAUGCAUUUUGUAAAACAAUCGAUCACACUGUCUAUCUUGAGGAAUGUCAAGAUCCUCUCCUCGAGAAGGAUCACGCGAGGAACAUUCUGUGUCGAUCUUCAAAAUGUUGCGUUACCCGCGACCAAAUCAAGACAAACUCGCCGCUAAUUCAGCUUUAUAUGUCACCGGAGAUGACAGAGUUCGUUAGAGUUCUUCUUGACAGGGACGUGCUUUACCGAACGGCUGAUCCCCUUGGAGACUUAAAUGUGCACGUCUACAGAGAAAAUGAUCAGCUGGAUUGGCAUUUUGACCGGGGGCAGUUCGCUGUAACAUUCCUCCUUCAAGCACCAGAGGGUGGGGGACGUUUUCAAUACAUUCCAUUAACAAGGUAAGAGUUAGCCGUUUUCUCAGAGGCGCGUCACAGGGCAAGAAAACAAGACUAUUCAAAUAGGCCAUCCUGUCUUAUCUAAGCUAGUUAGCUGUUGUCUCAGAGGCGCCUCACGGGGAAAGAAAACAAGACUAUUCAGAUAGGCCAUCCUGUCUUAUCUAAGCUAGUCUAUGCUCUUGUUUAGCGAAGAAAAUGUCCAAUUUAUCUUAAAUAAAGGAUCUCACUUACUUAGUGAGGAUGCAUGAAAUCAUAGCAGGUAAGCGACCCUCCCUGGUUUUCGCUGAUUUUGUAUAUUUGGUCUUCAUAUUGGUUCUUUUAGUUACGAUUAACAAAUCACCUGCUAUGAAAGCAGAGGGUUAUAAUGAUGGAGUUUUACAUCCUUUACCUCGCACAGGUGAUCAAAUAUGGACUUCUCGAGCUCUAUGUACUAUCUAUACAUUAUCCAGUACAGCAGUAAUGUGAAUCACGACUAUAUCCCAUCAGUAGAAGUUGUUUUGUAAAUCGAACACAAAUUCUUGUAGCUUAUUUCCAGUGAAACGUGUGGCUGCUAGAGGGGAGAAUAAACAAUCAUAUCUUGAGAGUUAAAGGGUUGAUCCCUUUAUUUGUUGUUAAGCUGAAUUUCUUUCUGGUUGGAAGCAAAUAAAAAAUUGAAAUAACAAAUGAUCUCUCUAUUUCAAAUAGAUCAGAUGGAAAUGAAAACUAUGACUUGGUCAAGCAAGUGCUACUGGCUUCUAAAGCUGGACAAGAUCUGUCUGCUCUUGGGGUAAAAGAAGCUGACCUUCAGCCAGGAACACUAGUCAUAAUCUGUGGGCAUAACUCAAUGCAUCGCGUUACCCCUAUCGAGGGAAAAAAGUCCAGGAUCACAGCUGUGUUAUCUUAUGAAAAGAAACCUGACAUUCACUUAAAUGAAUACACUAGAAUGAAAUUCUGUGGGCGCUUGAAAUAA